UCGGUCCCCUUCCUGCCUUUCCCUCUGAAGUCGCAAUUUUCAACGAAGUGAAACUGCAAAACCCUGACUGUUCCAAACUCUGCGAAAGUGUUACACAUGGAGGAAAUACGAAAUCAGGAACAACAUCGCCAUGAAGAAGAUGAUGAUGAUGACACCAUUAGCUUAGACGGAUCGUUUUUCUUCAAUGACAAUUACCAGCUGACGAAUUUUACAUUUGGGUCUCAAGAGAUUCAGCUCUUCUGUCUCCAUGCUGCUUCUACCGAUUUUGAUUUGACAGGGCAAGUGGUGUGGCCAGGAGCCAUUCUGCUAAAUGAUUAUCUUUCAAAAAAUAGUGAGAUCCUUCAGGGUUGCACUGUCAUUGAAUUAGGUUCUGGUGUUGGUGUUACCGGCAUACUUUGCAGUAGAUUCUGCCAGAAAGUUGUGUUAACGGAUCAUAAUGAAGAAGUGCUCAAGAUCCUGAAGAAAAAUAUAGAGCUGCAUUCAGUUCCUGAGAAUAACUGUCCUACUUCUCAUGGAUUAGUUGCAGAGAAACUAGAAUGGGGGAACUCUGAUCAGAUCAAUGGAAUUUUACAAAAUCAUCCUGGAGGAUUUAACUUCAUUCUUGGAGCUGACAUAUAUAUCCAUAAUGCAUUGUAUCUUACUUUCAUUAGAAAGACAUGAAUACAAGAAUAAGUUUUUUAGCUUAGGGUAGAAGUAUAGAAUAGAAUUUAUCGAAGAAGAAGAAGAAGAAGUAUAGAAUAGAAAUUGAUUAGAACAAUAACAAUCUUGCAUGUCAUAUGCCCUAGCCAAUGAUUCAAUUUUCUAUGUAGUUUCUAUUUGAAGAUCAGAUAAUUUAUUGUUUUGUAUGCCGUUAUGAGAUAUAAGUAUUAACCAUACUAUUAUCUCUCUAAAUCAGGCUUUCCAUCAAGCUAUUCUUUUAUAGUUAGGGAUUAGGAAUCAGACCAAUGAGUGUUCAGCUAGAUAAAAUUUUACUACUGAGAUUUGAAUAAACACGCAAGACCGAGGUAUCAUCUUUGUUAUUAUACCUGAUGAUUUUUAUUGACACUGGCAUUGGUUUCAACAUAUUUUACAGUGUUGUCACUCACCUGUACUAUCAGUUUCAAAAUAUUUGAGUUUAGUAUUUUUUAAAUGGAGUGUGAGACCCCCUUUCUGUUCCCAUCAGUCCCAUUAUUAUUGUGAAAACCUUGUGCAAGAUAUUGCUUUUUCUUGUUCAAACCUUCAUGGCUUGCUUCCCCCCCCCCCCCAAAAAAAAAAAACACACACAUUCACAUGGUCAAAGUUUUCAGUUCCUCUUUAACGUGUUGGAUCUUUGCUGAAAUGAAUUAUGUAAAUUGAACGAAUACUUUAUUUGAGAAGCCUUGACAAUGCAUAAGCUUUCAGCAGUCAAGCAUUCCUCUGCUUUUUGAUACUGUGAAGAUGCUGCUGCUGGUAGAAGAGGACAGAGAAUGCAAAUUCAUACUAGCCUAUGUAUCAAGAGCAAAGAGCAUCGACAUGAUGAUCGUUAAUGAAGCUUUGAAGCACGGAUUGCAGAUGAAAGAGCUGCCUGGGACAAGGCACAUUGUUGGGAAUCUUGAAGGAGUCAUCUUUGAGAUUACUCUACACUAGAACCGUUAAAAUAUCUGAUAAAAACAUGUAUUUUUCGCUGUCAAAUUCGUCAAAAGAAUUACGCAAUGGGGAAGAACUUAUUGAAGUAGCUAAUGAUAUUAUAUUUAGAUGUGAAAAUUAAUGCCUGCAUGUUACAAUCUCAUAAUCUUCUCUUUCAAGAAAUGAGGCAAGUGACGAAACAAUUUCUGUUGGUGGCCAUGGCUCGGCAUACUUAUAAGUGAAAGGAUGAUGGAAAGGUGAAUUUCAAUUUUCUAUUGAUAAA